CCGAGUAUCAUGAUCAGCGGAAUCAGGAGGAUUCUUGUGAUUAUAUGCAGUAUGCUUGGCAGAUUGAAGUCUUUGAACAUGUUUACCGCUGUUUCUCUGUCUCGUCUCUUGGAAGGCCAAAUCUUGAAAACGGUGAUAAAAUUAUCAUGCCGUCUUCAGCACUAGAUAGCCUUGUGCGUUUGGAAAUAGAAUAUCCAAUGCUAUUUGAACUGAACAAUCCUUCUGCUGAAAGAACUACUCACUGUGGAGUCUUAGAAUUCACUGCUGAUGAGGGGAUUGCAUACUUACCAAAUUGGAUGAUGGAAGAUAUGCUCAUAGAGGAAGGAGGCAUUGUGUCUCUGAAAAGCACAAGUCUUGUGAAGGGAAAGUUUGUCAAGUUCCAACCUCACUCCAAAGAGUUUUUGGAUAUCACUAAUCCAAAAGUCAUGUUAGAAAAAUCAUUGAGGAGUUACUCAUGUUUAACAACCGGCCGCACUAUAAUGAUUCCAUAUAACGACAAAAAGUACUACAUUGAUGUGGUCGAAACGAAACCUACUCCAGCAAUUUCUAUAAUUGAAACAGAUUGUGAGGUUGAUUUUGCUCCACCUCUUGAUUACAAAGAACCUGAGAAGCCCUUGCCAUCUGAUUUGUCUGAUAAGGAACCUCCGCAAGUUGAAGAAGAGACUGCAACAAAGACUCCCGCGGUGAUUCCUUUUAGUGGUUUUGGAAGGCGUUUGGGUGGAAAACCAUCGACACAAUCAGUUGAGCAAACUUCCACUCCAAUUCUCAAGCAGCAACAAACUGAAAAUACCAUGAGUUCCAACAGAACUUCUGGAAAGCUUGUUUUUGGAUCAAAAGCUAAUGCACCUAAUGUUCAAACACAGCCAAAAGCUUCUCCAAAAAGUACAAGUCAAGAUUCAUCAUCUAAGAAGACAGACACCCCACAAUUCCAAGCUUUCUCAGGAAAGAAGUAUUCAUUAAGAGACUGAUCCUUUGUAGGGUUUUUUAUUAGCUGUUUCUUUUGAUAUAUGACAGACAGUUUAUAUUAUUUGACAUGGCUUAGAGCUCAAAUUCUGAUGUUACUUUUACAUAUCCAUGUUUUUUCUUUUCAGUAUAUGAUGAUUAUUGCCUUGCAAAGUUUAUAAUUAUCCCAUUUAACAAAUAAUAUCAAUUGAAGUCUUUUAAGCCAAGACAUUUACUCGAUUCGUACUAGAUUUCAUGUAUGAACGUUUUCCUUCCAAAGCCACAUGCUAUGCAAAUAUGGUAUAAUUCCAUAUUUCCAUUACAUGACGGGAUGUUUAAAUAUUAUCUGAGAAAUCAUUGCCCUAGUUAAGAAUAACGCGCAAUGUGUUUUCUAGAAAAACAUUACUGCACUUAUAUGGUUGAAUUAAAAGAAAAGACCAAAAAUUGAACAAAAGAUUUG